AUGCCUGUUCCACCCACCCUCACCAGCUAUCUCCCCGCCCUCCUCGUUUCGGUCACACACUCCACCGCUCCUGACGACUCUUCUUUUUCCACCCUCCCAGACGGCCAGGUCGACUACCUCUCCCAUGAAUGGAGAGAGGAGGACGUAUGGCGCUCAUGGCGCAACAUGACUCGCCAGAAGAACGCGAUUGCCAACGGUAUGCGCCUCGAGAACGCCAGUUGGCGGACGUGGUGGAAGCAGAGAAACAAACUCAAGACAAUCAGCCCAGAGACGCUCAACUGGCUGAAAGACUCGGAUGUAACUUGGCUCUACGGCCCCCUUCACAUCGGCUCCGACUGGUCGCCAGUUUCACACAAGCAGCCAUCAUUGCACCUGCAAAGGCAGAACAGCGCAGGUAAUGUGUCGACCACCGACACGUGUGGCGUCGUCACCAUCCCCAAGAAGCCUAUCCUCAAGCGGCGAAGCAUCAGCCAGCUGUUAUCACUUCCUGCCAGUCCGUUCUUCGAACAGGUCGACUCUGACGACGAAAGCGCCAGUGGCGUGCGCGGAGGGCCGCAGCGGCCUCCACUGCUGCACACCAAGAGCGACACGCAUAUAAGCUUACGCGGGCGGGCACAUCGCAAGGAUUCGCCACCACGGAUAAUAGCGGAGGAUGCAGUGCCGCCAUCGCCGCUGGCCGCUACGGAGUCGAGCGACGCCUCAAACUCGACAAGCAGUGACCAGGACACGAGUGGCCAUUCGAGUGGCGCUGGCGAAGGCUCUACUGGCGAGCCUGGGGCCAUGAAGAAGAAGCACAUUAGCUUCAACACCUUUGUAGAGCAAUGCAUCGCGAUCGAGAAGCCCUCAGCUAGGCGCCUAAACAUGAGCGGUCGCCGACGAUCCCCCGUCCUCGGUUACGACGACGGAUACGAUGAGGACUCUGAGGUCAGCUAUGACGACGGCUAUGACUCCCCGUCAGCUUACUUCCUCGGUGCUCGCCGAGUCCUUAACUCAGACUCAGAGGAGGACGACGACGACGAUGUCAUUGAAAUGCGCACGGCCUCUUCGCGCUCUCGAACGUCAUCUGUAUCCAGCGUUCAUCAUGGCUUAAGACCUUCUACGGAGAGUGAUGUGCCGCUGACACCUCAUCCACGCUUCAGACCCCCUUUGGUGCGGAGAUCGUCUACAAGCAACGACCAUGUCACCAUCGCUCCCAUCGCUCCCACCCUUCUCAAGAGCACGGGCGUCGGCAACAAUCUCAUGACCGCGGGUGUUGGUCGAGUUGCGGCUGCCACGAAAGAAGUUGAGCUCGUAUACGUUCCGCCAAUGAACAGCAACUACAGUUUACCCGGCACACCCAACUUGGCAAGUCCACCCGCCGAGGAUGUAUACCAUCACAGAGAGUCGUAUUUCAGCGUCGGCACAAGUUCGUCACCGCAGUCACAGUCACCCUCUCUGUCUCCACGCAUACCGACUGUCGGCGUGCUUCCGCCUCCACAUUUGUCGUCUUCGCCUCCGCAGUAUGAUGGUCUCUCGUCCAAGUUUUUCCCGUAUCAGCCGGCGGCUUCCUCGCCUCUCCAGGUUGAUCAUCUUGGUGACGCCAACGAUACUCUCGAAUACUUUGAGGGUCCCAUUCUCGAGCGGAGGGGCAGGGGAAGUUCGCGGGAUGGCGCUGGCAACCCUACAGAAGGCCCAAUGCGAUACGCAGAAGGCGGCGCGGCAAGCGUUACCACCGGGCGGAGUAGUGGGAGUUUCUCGCCCGGCCACAGCCCAGAAACGCCCGUCGUCGUGGUGAACGAGGUAAACGGCGCCACUGAGGAGCGGACCGAGUGCUCUAGAGAGAAUAGCCCGCUGUUGGCCAGUGGUGUCAUAUCGGAGAGCCCUAUCAUUGAGACUUCGUUCAUCCACCCGCCUUCACCCGCUGUACCCGUCCCUCGGAUCGGCCCAACGCACCCCCACAUUACAUUCUCGCCUCAGGUGACGGAGUCUGUGCUCUUAUCGCCAGAUGACAUCGUAUGUCGCGGGCGCGCGCCUGCGCCUUCUUCCGUCAGCGGAUCGACAACCUCGGGGUCGACCAACUACACGCGCUCGACGGACUCGCGCUCCGAGUCGCGCGGACGUUCGGCCACACGCAACUCGUUCUCAGACCGUGAUCGCUCGGGGUCGCGCUCGAGUAGGGGGACGAAUUCGCCCAUGGGUAGCCUCUCUCCGACAGGCUCAGUGCUCGGGAUCGCUGGAUCACAUGGCAGAGGCCGAGACCCUCAGAGCAAGAGUGGCCGCAGAGUAAGCAGCGACGAGGUCGAGCGCGGCCGCGACCGUACAGGUCGCCAACUUGCUGUCAGCCGCAGUCCACCGAGCCCGAUGGACUCUCCGACGCGGGCGCACCAGACAAUGGGUGAGUAUCAGGCGUAUCCCGCCAGUCUGCUCGACGUGCCCCGGCAAUCUGCGGAGCCAUCGUCGCCGCCUUCGUCCGUGUCCGGGUCGUCCACAGCUAGCACCGCGACCGCGCGGCAGCAGACGUAUGACACCCCGGUGGCCGUUCCCCCGAGGAUAUCGCUACACCUCCCAUCUGCCGCUGGCCCUGCACUGCCCAUCCCGUCGCCUAUCAUGGAGGAGGACGAGCAGCGGUCGUUGUACCCUACGCCCGCGAGCUCGCCCGUCCGUGCUGUCAAUCCGAUAACCGUCGCCCCGACUAACCCCGCGUCGCCCUUGCAAGACAAGGCCGUCGUCGAGUCGCCACCUUCGUCAGUGUCGCUCGCUUCCCCGGACUUGAAGACGCCGCCGAGCAGCCCUGUUCCAAUACCGCGCUCUAAGGACCGGGUCCCCAGGGCCGCAGAGGGUCCGCAGGAGCAGCCAGGCACGUUCGUCGGGCGCGCCGUCGAUAUGGUGUCGUCCGCGCGCGGAUUCUUCGGCUCGAUCUGGAAUACGGGUGCCGCAUGA